AUGCAUAGUUCAUUUCUUCGUGAUCAAUCGACUUUAUCAGCAAAUGAUAUUGGAUUUCAAAAAGUUUUAGAACGAGAUGGUGAAGUACCAGAAGAAACUUUAUAUCAAGUUGAAAUUGAAAAUGAAAGUUUAUUACGUACAUCACGUCGAUCAGAAUUGGCUAGUAAAAAUGCAUUUUUAACACGACGAUGGCAAACAGCAUUAGUUUCAAGUUUAGUCAUUGUAGCAUUAGCUGGUGGAAUUGGUGGUCUUGCGUAUUGGAUAAAAAUUCCAAAAGUAAUAACACAACCAUAUUUACUUUAUGGUGAAUCAUGUUAUAUGAAUUCUCGUUCAUGUGAUGAAACACGAAUGCUUUGGUGUCCAUCUGGAACAUGUAUAUGUACAGGUAAUUAUCAUUGGAAUACAACAGCACAAAAUUGUACAUGUGGUUCUUAUCAAAUGUGGACUGGUUUUAAAUGUCAAGAUUAUGGUUAUUAUGGUGAUCCUUGUAAUACUGUACCUUGUCAACCAACUUUAACAUGUAUGAAAGUUGUUAAUCAAACAUAUACUACUGGUCAAGAUGUUUGUGUUUGUGAUAAUACUACUUAUUUGCAAACAUCUGGUGUUAAUCAAGGAAAUUGUGUUUCUAGAUUAUCAUAUAAUCAAAGUUGUCAAACAGAAACUGAUUGUCAAGAUUGGUUAGGUCUUUCGUGUACUAGUGUUCCACCAGAUGUUCGGUGUCGAUGUAGUUCAACAUCUUAUUGGAAUGGAUCAAUAUGUGUACAAAAUGCUCUUGGUGGAGAAACAUGCUCUGCAUCUGUUCCAUGUGAUACUACAAGAGGUUUAACAUGUGUAUCAAAUAUUUGUGAAUGUGAUCAAUAUAGUUAUUGGGAUAAUGUUACAACAUAUUGGUGUCAAUCAAAAAAAACUUAUGCUAUUUCGUGUCAAUACGAUUUUCAAUGUAAUACAACAGUUAAUCUUACAUGUCCAUCAGUAAGCACAGGUUGUAAUUGUUAUUCUACAUCAUAUGCAUAUAUAUGUGAUUGUGCAUCGAAUCAAUUUUGGGAUGGACAACGAUGUACAGAUAGACAUUCAUUUAAUGGAACAUGUCCAGGACAAUAUGCUUGUACAGCAAAUCUUGUUUGUUAUCUAGGACAUUGCAUAUGUCCAGGUAAUAUGGUAUGGAAUACUCCAACACCAAGUGUGUGCGAUUGUUCAACAGGAACUGCAUGGAAUACCACCACUAAUACGUGUACUUAA